CGUUUGGAAGCUUGAUUCGUUAAAAUCUUAUUUAAUUUCUUGUAUGGCAUAAAUUAACAAUGGAGAAAGCUUCGAUUUUAGAGAGACUGCGUCAAUUCGACGCAUACCCCAAGACGCUUGAAGACUUCCGAGUGAAAACAUUUGGCGGAGCUACAAUUACAAUUCUUAGUGGACUGCUGAUGUUUGUCCUGUUCCUGUCAGAGUUCAACUAUUAUCUGACAAAGGACAUUCAACCAGAAUUAUUUGUUGACACCACUAGAGGCCAGAAACUCAACAUCAAUAUCAAUGCAACUUUUGCAAAAAUACCAUGUGCAUAUCUCAGUAUAGAUGCCAUGGAUGUGUCUGGGGAACAGCAACUAGAUGUAGACCAUCAUCUUUUCAAACAACGUCUCGAUGAAUUUGGCAAUAUUAAAGAUGACCAGCCAGAAAAAGAAACUUUAGGAGAUUCUUCUAAAGAUGUAGUGGAGAUGGUUACUCAGUCACUUGAUCCAAGUCGAUGUGAGUCGUGCUAUGGAGCAGAAACAGAUGAAAGAAAGUGCUGCAAUAACUGUGAGGAUGUGAGAGAGGCUUACAGGAAAAAAGGCUGGGCAUUCAAUAAUGCUGAAGGAAUUGCUCAGUGUAAACGUGAGGGCUGGUCAGACAAGAUGAAGUCCCAGAAAAAUGAAGGAUGUCAGGUGUAUGGGUAUCUAGAGGUCAAUAAAGUAGCUGGUAAUUUCCAUUUUGCUCCAGGAAAAAGUUUUCAGCAACAUCAUGCUCAUGUUCACGACCUUCAAGCAUUCGGUGGACAGAAAUUCAACAUCACACAUUCAAUCCAACACCUUUCAUUUGGUAAAGAUUAUCCAGGUAUCAUCAACCCACUCGAUAACACCAACCAAGUAGCAGAGCAAGAACAAAUGAUGUAUCAAUACUUUGUAAAAGUAGUUCCAACUACUUAUGUUAAAGCCACUGGCAAGACACUAUAUACCAACCAGUAUUCUGUGACAAAACAUUCCAAAGUGGUGGGAGCUAGCACAGGCGAAUCGGGUCUUCCCGGUGUAUUUGUGAUGUACGAAUUAUCUCCAAUGAUGGUAAAAUAUACAGAAAAACAUCGAUCAUUCAUGCACUUUUUGACCGGAGUUUGUGCCAUUGUUGGAGGCGUGUUUACUGUUGCUGGUCUUAUUGAUUCAAUGGUGUACCACUCAGCAAGAGCUAUUCAGAAAAAAAUUGAUUUGGGAAAAGCCACAUGAUAGUGAAGUUAUUGUGAUUUGUUUUUGUAAAUGUUGAGGGGGAAAUGUGGUGUGAAAAAAUGAGUGUAAAGUAAAAUUGAUAGGAAUUGUUCACAACUCAGUAAAGUAAAUUGUUCUCAACUGAAUAAACUAUUCAUGAUUAAUUUUCACAACUUAGUAAAGUAUUCAUGAUAAAGUAUGUAUUAUUGAAAGAAUCCUCUUAAUUGUAAGACUAUCUUAUAUAUGAAAAUACCCUUUUUUGUUUGAAUUGGAGAAAAUAUCUUUCCACACAAUGCUUAAUAAUCUGAGAAAAGAAAUCUGUUUGUCAAAUGCAGUAACAACCCAAUGGAGUAACGAGAAGGUUUUAUUUUUUGUCAGCUGGCUUUUAUACAAUGAUAGAAUUUUUAUGAUAUUCACAAGAUGGUACUUAAGAUCCACAUGACAGGUAGUUUUGACUUCAUACAACUUAUGAUGUAUGUUUUGUAGGAUUCAUAUAAACAUUCUGUUGUCUUGUUAUGUAAAACCAACUUCAUAUAAUAACCUUCAAUGCGACAAUUUGCAUUUUUUAUUAUUUUGGAUGUUAUUUGUAUAAUGAACAUUGUAUGAAUUUUGUAUAUUGUAAGUAUGAUGCAGCAUGUUUUGUGUAUUUGAAGAGGAAGGCUGUAGUUUAUUCAAAACGUGAACAUGGGUUUGAAUGACUUGUUUGUUUUUAUAUUAAUAUAAUAGAAAGUAUGUAUAGAUAUACUGUGAAUGUUGCCUGUGAAUUUUGUAUUUGCAGUAAUAUCAGAUAGGAGUUUAUAUAGAGUUUUUACCGUAGCUAUAAAUUUUAUGGGUAAGAUUAGAUAAUAUUGGACAAUGUAACCUAAUCAAUUGUCCUAUAUGAAAUAAUCAGUUAAUUUGUUUUGAGUCGUAAAAGGCAAUUUUGUUUAAAUGUUGAAAUGUUUACUUUUUAGUCUGAAAAAUUAUUUAUAUUUCUUUGACAAUUUGUCAUCAACAUACACUUAAAGUGUAUUGAAUAUGGUUUCCAUUACUGUUAAGUUAUUCACUAUAACUCAUUUUAUGGUUUUGUGCUUAAUCAUAUCCCUGACUGAUACAAGACAUGUGAUAGUCAUUCCUUUUCUAAAAAUAUUAUAUGUUUCACAUGCAGUGAAAACUGAGGGUGUAAAGCAAACAUUUUACAGAAAAACAUUGAGCAAAUUUAUCACCUAGGUGCAUUCAGAGACCUGUGGUAUUGCUUUGUAAAAGAAAUUUGAAAUCUUUCAUAGCAAACAAAAGUAUUGGUCUUGAGAGUCUCGGCACUUGACUUGGGUUUCACAGUGUAACAUAUAUGUUUAUGUACUUUAAGUAAAUAAUUUCAUUAAAAUUUCAUUAAAAUUGAAGAGACUGAUGGAAUAGAAAAACAAGGUAUGACAUAAUAAUUGAGCGCUGAUUUUCUAAUACAUGAUUACAUGAGUGUUGCCGUUCACCUCAAAAACCUUUAAAAAACAAAAUAAACUUUCGAUAGGUUACUAUAGAGGCUUUAAAGCACUUUUUUUUAUUGCAUAUACUUGCUUUGUGGGUAGGUGCAUUUUGAUUCUUCAUCACAAUUUUGAAAUCCAUAUUUAUUGAAGAAGCUUAGAGCCUCAGACUUAAACACAUCAGAUUUUAUUACAAGAAGAAACAGAUUUUCACAAUUUUUGCUUAAACUUUAAUAUUUGUAUUAUGUUAUUACAAGGUCCUGGUAUAAUUUUCAAUAUGUAUUAUUUUAUCAAACCUAAAUCAUUGUAAACACUUGACAUCUUUACUUUGGCAAUGAUUUUCAGAGACACAAAUUUUCAAUGCUU